GGAGCUGUGGCCGGGCCCACCGCUGAUUGGACGGAGCGAGGACAGCUUCCCCGCCGGCGAAUCGCGGGGCAGGUGAGGUGCCGGCCUGGCCGGCUGCAGGCUCAGCUCGCAGUGUUUCUGGGCCAUGGCCUCCGAGGAGAAGCCCCUGGUGGUCGUGACCUGCACCGCGCCGGUCAACAUCGCGGUCAUCAAGUACUGGGGGAAGCGCGAUGAGGACCUGGUCCUGCCCAUCAACUCCUCUCUGAGCGUCACCUUGCACCAAGACCAGUUAAAAACCACCACCACGGCCGCCAUCAGCAAGGAUUUCACCGAGGACCGGAUUUGGCUGAAUGGCCGGGAGGAAGAUGUGGGGCAGCCGCGCCUCCAGGCCUGCCUCAGGGAGAUCCGCCGCCUGGCCCGGAAGCGGAGGAGCACCGGCGACGAGGACCCGCCGCCCCUCAGCCUCAGCUACAAGGUUCACAUCGCAUCGGUGAACAACUUCCCCACGGCCGCGGGCCUGGCCUCCUCCGCGGCUGGUUAUGCCUGCCUAGCCUACGCCCUGGCCCGGGUCUACGGGGUUGACAGCGACCUCUCGGAAGUGGCCCGCCGGGGCUCGGGCAGCGCCUGUCGGAGCCUGUACGGCGGCUUCGUGGAGUGGCAGAUGGGGGAGCGGGCCGACGGGAAGGACAGCGUCGCCCGGCAGGUGGCCCCCGAGUCACACUGGCCCGAACUCCGAGUCCUCAUACUUGUGGUGAGCGCGGAGCGCAAGCUGAUGGGCAGCACGGCGGGCAUGCGGACCAGCGUGGAGACCAGCCCCCUGCUGAGGUUCCGGGCCGAGGCGGUGGUGCCGGGGCGCAUGGCGGAGAUGACCCACUGUGUCCGGGAGCGGGACUUCCAGGGUUUCGGCCGGCUGACCAUGAAGGACAGCAACCAGUUCCACGCCACCUGCCUGGACACCUUCCCGCCCAUCUCCUACCUCAGCGACAUCUCCAGACGCAUCGUCCGCCUCGUGCACUGCUUCAACGCCCACCACGGGCAGACCAAGGUGGCGUACACGUUUGACGCGGGCCCCAACGCCGUGGUCUUUACCCUGGACGACACCGUGCCUGAGUUCGUGGCUGCCGUGAGGCACUGCUUUCCCCCCGAGUCCAACGGAGACAAGUUUCUGAAGGGGCUGCCCGUGAGGCCUGCCUCACUCUCAGACGAGCUGAGGGCCGCGCUGGAUAUGGAUCCCACCCCCGGCGGCGUCAAGUACAUCAUCGCCACGCAGGUGGGCCCUGGGCCUCAAACGCUGGACGACCCUCACGCCCACCUCCUGGGCCCCGACGGCCUGCCGAAGCCAGCUGCUUGACCACCUUCCCCAAGACGAGCCCCAGCCACCCCUGGGACAAGGGCCGCUUCACCGGGACAGGGGUGCUGGGUGUGGCGGCCGCGAGUCUGUGCUCACUGGGGGCUCGAGGGGCAGCCGCCGGGCUCCAGGCCAGGCCACUUGCUGUGGCCACAUUGGGACACUUGGAGUGACCAUUGGCGCCACACGGGCAGUCGGGGGCACGCCCCCCAGCGGGUGGCAGGCUGGAUGGCACGCGGGGCUCCCUGGCCUCGCCCUCUGGGGCCGCUGCCACCGCCCCAGAUGGCAGCCGUGCCGGAUAUGAUGGGGAGGUGGCGUCCCUCCUCAGAUCCGGAGGACAGGAUGCCUCUGCAGACCUCAGGGACCCUCUGGAAGACUUGAAGCCUGAGAGCCGCCUACGGCUCCUCUGCCAGACGCAGGCCACGAGGUGUGAAUGGAACGUUUCUGUGUAAAAUGACCACUGCGGGGGCCUGGCGAGCUCAGUGGUGGAGUGUGGGAGUCUUGAUCACAGGGUCGUGAGUUCAAGCCCAUGUUGGCAGCUGGAGAGUUUACUUUAAAAAUAAAUUAAAAAAAAAAAAAAAAAA